UGGCAGGAGCGUCUGCCGAGCGCAUCCAUUCCCAGGAAGCAGCAGCGGCGUUCGUUUUAUUCUAGAGAAGAGAAGCCUCGUAUUUCGAGGUCAGGGUAUUUCCAAAGGAGGUCAAAAGAGAUUAUUACAUUGUUUUAGGGCAGCUUGCUGUCACAGACAAUAAGCCAUGUCUAGUCGUCGUUUUCCUAACUAAUAUGGACUAUUUUACUGGGCAGUGGCGCGGUUGGCUUUAGCCGCUGACUGGACCCCCUCCUCGGGACACAAUUGCCUCAAAUUGGUCAAAUUCAGAUUUUUUUUCCACUGAAAAGGUGGGCUGGCUGCCAGCCAAUCGGGGACCCUGGAGCCGGACACGGAGGAUAGCGUGGCCAUGACGGGGGGCACAACGGCGGCCGCCCUGCCCAUGAGCAACCACACGCGGGAGCGCGUGACCGUGGCCAAGCUGACGCUGGAGAACUUCUACAGCACCCUCCUCACACAGCAUGAGGAGCGGGAGAUGAGGCAGAAGAAGCUGGAGAAGGUGAUGGAUGAUGAAGGCUUACUGGAUGAUGAGAAGGUGAUGCGGCGCUCCCAGCACGCCCGUAAGGAGACAGAGUUCCUGCGGCUGAAGCGGACGCGUCUCGGCCUGGACGACUUUGAGUCCCUGAAGGUCAUAGGUCGCGGGGCGUUUGGAGAGGUGCGGCUGGUGCAGAAGAAAGACACGGGACACAUCUACGCCAUGAAGAUCUUAAGGAAGGCCGACAUGCUGGAGAAGGAGCAGGUGGCUCACAUCCGGGCGGAGCGAGACAUCCUGGUGGAGGCGGACGGGGCUUGGGUGGUGAAGAUGUUCUACAGCUUCCAGGACAAGAGGAACCUCUACCUCAUCAUGGAGUUCCUGCCUGGAGGGGACAUGAUGACCCUGCUGAUGAAGAAGGACACCCUGUCGGAGGAGGCCACCCAGUUCUACAUCGCCGAGACGGUCCUGGCCAUCGACUCCAUCCACCAGCUGGGCUUCAUCCACCGCGACAUCAAGCCCGACAACCUGCUGCUUGACUCCAGGGGCCACGUCAAGCUGUCGGACUUCGGUCUGUGUACCGGACUCAAGAAAGCCCACCGCACCGAGUUCUACCGCAACCUCACCCACAACCCACCCAGCGACUUCUCCUUUCAAAAUAUGAACUCCAAGAGGAAAGCGGAGACUUGGAAGAAGAACCGGAGGCAACUGGCCUACUCGACGGUGGGGACCCCAGACUACAUCGCCCCGGAGGUCUUCCUGCAGACGGGCUACAACAAGCUGUGUGACUGGUGGUCGCUGGGGGUCAUCAUGUACGAGAUGCUCAUCGGGUACCCCCCGUUCUGCUCGGAGACCCCCCAGGAGACUUACAGGAAGGUGAUGAACUGGAAGGAGACCCUGGUCUUCCCUCCUGAAGUCCCCAUCUCAGAGAGAGCCAAGGACCUGAUCCUCAGGUACUGCACGGAUGCAGAGAACCGGGUCGGCGCUGUGAGUGUGGAGGAGAUCAAGGGUCACGCCUUCUUUGAGUCCGUCGACUGGGAACACAUCAGGGAGCGACCGGCGGCCAUCUCUAUCGAGAUCAAAAGCAUCGACGACACGUCGAACUUUGACGAGUUCCCUGAGUCCGACAUCCUCCAGCCUGCAACCAACGUGACGGAGCCGGACUUCAAGUCCAAGGACUGGGUGUUCCUCAACUACACCUACAAGCGCUUCGAGGGUCUCACCCAGCGCGGCACCAUCCCAAACUACAUGAAGGCCGGGAAGGCUUAAAGCACCGCCCGACUCACCCCCGCCCUCCCACCCCCAGGGAACACAGACUUACCACGGACACAGGGUUCUGGGGGCUGGUCGGCCCCCCUUCGCUGGUGCUGACCGCAAUCUUAUCCCCGACGUCUCCGACGACCAUUCUCCGCCCUAGACUAGUCGCAUCCCUCGCUCGCAUUUCAGGAGUGCAGAUGCCCCGCCCUGGUUUUGUUUAGUUUUUAGGGGCCAACCAUGGCGUCCGUCGCAGGCCCGGGUCUCCCUUUUGUGAUUGUUCAGCGCCGCCGCAUGUAAACGCAGACGGUGAAGCCUCGGCGGGGCGGAGGGGUUGACCCCCAGAAAAGCUGUACGUUAAAAGAUGUAAGGGUUGUUCUUAUUUUGUCUCAGAAAAGGAAGACCUUCUUUGAGACAAACUGACCCUUCUGAUGCGGAGGUUUAGCUUCGGUGCGUUUGACGUUUCGUCGGGUUGUCAAAAGUGUUGUUGUUGCCAAUAUCGACCCUUGGUCGAAUCGGUUUGAUUUGUGUCAAGGGAGAAACAUUCCAACCUCAUCGCCGUCACGCACCAAUCAGGAUCAGGGUUGGCUCUGCUUCUCAUGGUUACCGGGUAGACCUCGCCAAUUCAGAAUAAACAUCCAGGUUCCUUCCUGUUUCAAAGUAAUAGUCGACAGGUCACCUUAAUGUUUCCAAAUAAUAGUAUCUCGGUUGCUUUCUGUUUCAAAAUAAUAGUUUCCAGGUUCCUUCCGGUUUCAAAAUAAGAGUGUCCAGGUUCCUUCCUGUUUCAAAAUAAGGGUGUCCAGGUUCCUUCCUGUUUCAAAGGUAAUAUUCUACCGGUUCCUUCCUGUUUCAAAACAACCGUUGACGGGAUCCUUCCUGCUUGCAAAACAAUUUUCUACAUGUUUGAAAAAUAUAGUCUGUGUGUAUAAUCUUCGCAAGAGUCAAUCACACUCCUAGCUCAAUAAAAAACAUGCAAAGUGCCUUUUAAGAGUAAAUACUGAAUCUUAAAUGUAACUGAUGGUAACCGAUAGUGUUAAUCGAGUGGCUAAGGAUUCCCCCCCCCCCCCUCUAACUCUGUCACUGCUUCAAUCCCCCCUACGCCUCCGGAUGUUAAAUAAGUCUCAUACUUUCAUCUGUGAAACUGACAGCAACGCGUAGAACCACCUCGAACUACUGACCAAAGAAUUGUCAUGGUGACCCCCCCCCCCCCCCCCCCCCCCCCCCCCCCCCUACAGGCUCACGGCCUGCUCUACUGGAAGAUGGAUAUCUUAGGGUGGUAGUUGCAGAAAAUAGCAUCGAAGCGUAGUUCCUCACUCCGUUGUGCACCCAAACGUUCUCGCUUGGAUGAUUUCCUCCCGUAACAACGUUUCAUAGGAUUGGAAAAUCGAUUUGGUGCGCUGCUGUUUCACUGUUCACUUCCUCUGUAUGCUCCCGCUUCUGAUAGGGCGCAUCCCAUUGGCUGUCUGCAUUGAGCUACCUGGAGGAGAGAGCUGGGUGAGGGUGGUGGGGGAGGGGGGAGGGGGGGGGGGGGGGGGAGGGGAAGGGGGGGGGGGGUCAGGUUCAGGGUAAGCCUAUUAUGCUAUGGGUGCGUAUUACUGUUUCCUUAAAACUACCUUUACUUCAGAAUAGGAGUGUGGUCGGACAUGUGUGUGUUUGUGUGUGCGUGUGUGUGAUGCGAGUCCCAGUUGGAGAGAGGUUGGAGAGUGAAUUGGUGUUGUGUGUAUUAUAGGAGGAGGAGCGAGAGGCUGAAUGAAUGAACGCAGGGCCGCCAAUCGGGUCCCGCUGGCUGCACUAUAGCCGCACCCUGUUGGAAACGUUUGAGGAGGCGCAGUGACCAAUCUGGAGCAGUAUGGCCUGGAUUGCAUGCGUUUUGAAUCGAGUACGCUCUAGAGAAACUGUGUUUUUGUUUGCAUUUACCGUAAUCAGAGAGAACCGCCGUUUGACUUUGUGAAGAAUGAAGAAGAAGAUGGUAUUGGCGUUGUUUGAAGCCCGGGGCAGGUGAGGUGUUCACCUGUGGGUGGGUGUGGGUGUGUGUGUGUGUGUGUGUGGGUGGGUGAGAGAGAGACCAUCAGCUGAGGCUUUGGCGUUGUGGUUAGGUAAAAUUUUACUUGGUCACGUGUCAAUCCUGCUUACCCCAUCUUGGACGAUUAUUAUCUCAAAGAGGCUGACUUACACCUUUGGGAUCCAUAGUCUGUACCUUUUUUUUGUUUUUGUUUUCCUUUUUAUUAUUAGGAAGAUGUGGUCAAAACCAUUAAUGUAUAGUUUUACAUCCAGUGGGACUAAAACGUAUAACUGGGCCAAACAGUCUCUCGCCACCAUAAGUUACUACGCGUAUUAACAGAGUUCCUCAAUGAAGUUUAUUUUAUUUAUGUUCCAGAUCCUAUGCUGUUCUAGAAUGAAUGCAGGCUUAGCAGAAAGGCAAAGCCUUACUAAGCAGUGGGUGGAAGCUUCUAAAAAGCUUGUAAAGAGGGGACACCGUGCAAACCUGGCAACCUCAACAAAAAAAAAAGAUUCUAAUAGACACAUUUCACCGACUCAUCGUAUGCAGGUGCAUGUGUUAGACGUUGUUAAUGAUAGAA